UGGCACUAGUGCCAUGAGUAGCAAUCAAUGGGCUGGUAUUAUGCAAGGCGAUGAGUCUUAUGCAGGCAGUCCAAGCUUUUUCAGAUUUGAAAGUGCUGUACAAAAUAUUACUGGAAUGCCUGUUGUAAUUCCUACUCACCAAGGUCGAGCAGCAGAAAAAAUAUUAUUUAGCAUCACAGGCGGUGCUGGUAAAGUUUUUAUUAGCAAUACAUUGUUUGAUACUACACGUGCUAACAUAGAACAUUCAGGAGCUAUAGGAAUAGAUUUAGUUUGUGAAGAAGGAAAACAUCCCAAUGUUCCUGCACCAUUCAAAGGAAAUAUGGAUGUAGACGCAUUGAAAAGAACCAUUGAUGAACAUGGUGUAAAAAACAUUGCAAUGGUCAUUAUGACAGUUACGAAUAACAGUGGAGGUGGACAACCAGUGAGCAUGCAAAAUAUUCGUGACGUAAAAAAAGUUUGUUUAGAACAUAAUAUUCUAUUCUUUAUUGAUGCAUGUCGAUUUGCUGAGAAUGCAUAUUUUAUUAAAAUUAGAGAAGAAGAAUUUGCGAAUAAAUCGAUACUAGAAAUUGCCAAUGAAAUGUUUUCGUAUGCCGAUGGUUGCACUAUGAGUGCUAAGAAAGAUGCGUUUGCAAACAUUGGUGGUUUUUUAGCAUUACGAACUGAGGAUAUUGCCCAAGCUUGUAGAAAUUUAUUAGUUAUAACAGAAGGAUUUCCUACUUAUGGAGGUUUAGCAGGAAGAGAUUUAGAAGCAAUUGCUAUUGGUUUGUAUGAAGUAAUGGAAGAAAGCUAUUUGCAUUAUAGAAUUACUAGCAUGGAAUAUUUGACAAAGAAAUUAAUAGAUGCUGGAGUGCCUGUUAUGCAACCAGCAGGUGGACAUGCUGUUUAUUUAGAUGCUAAAAAUUUUUUGUCCCAUAUUCCUUCACACGAAUACCCAGGACAAGCAUUAGUUUGUGCAUUGUAUGUUGAAGGUGGUGUAAGAGGAGUUGAAAUCGGUUCUUUCAUGUUUGGGAAAUAUGAGAAUGAAGGGAAAUUAAUUCCUUCGCAAUUAGAGUUAGUGCGAUUAGCAAUUCCUAGAAGAGUUUAUACUCAAAGUCAUAUAGAUUAUGUUGCUGAAGUAAUGAGCGAUAUAAAAAAGAAAACAGCAACUGUUAUUGGAUCAGGUUUAGUUGGCUCACUUUGGGCAAUUUAUUUAAAAAAAGCAGGCUAUGAAGUCAAUGUUUUUGAACGACGUCCUGAUAUGCGUUUGCAAAAAAUGAGUGCAGGAAAAUCUAUCAAUUUAGCCAUGAGUUUUAGAGGUUGGAAGGGAUUGGAUGAUAUUGGCGUAGGUGAUGAAAUUCGUAAAAUAUCGAUUCCUAUGUAUGGAAGAACCAUGCACGGAAAAGAUAGUACAACUGCAUAUCAGCCAUAUGGAAAUGAAGGACAAGCAAUUUAUUCCGUAUCUCGUUGGGAUAUCAAUGCGACAUUAAUGAGCAUUGCAGAAAAAGAUGGAGGUGUGAAUAUUCAAUUUAAUCAAGAAUGUAUAAAUGUAAAUUUAGAACAAGGUUUAGCAACGUUUAAAAACGCACAAACAGGAGAAAUUACUGAAUCAAAGGCAGAUGUAGUUUUUGCAACCGAUGGCGCAUUUAGUGCAGCACGUUACAAUGGCAUGCAAAAGUUAGAUAGAUUCUCUUUUUCUCAAAAUUAUAUCGAAGAUGGUUACAGAGAAAUAUUGCUACCUGCCAACGAAGAUGGAACUCAUAAAUUAGCUACCAACACAUUGCAUAUUUGGCCACGUGGAAACUUUAUGUUAAUUGCAUUGCCAAAUUUG